AAAAAUCUUUGUUUGCAAAAAUUUAAAGUGAGUGAGUGAUGGAAAAUUCAAAAGUGAUUUUGAUGGUGAUUUUGGGAAUGUUAUCAUUGUGGCCAAUGGUGGUUAUGGGAAGUCCAAAGCUUCAUAAGGUGGGAGGAUCCAAAGGUUGGAAUGAAAAAACCAAUUAUACUCAAUGGUCUUCUCAACAACAUGUCUAUGUUGGUGAUUGGUUAAUUUUUGUGUUUGACAAAAGAUACUACAAUGUCUUGGAAGUGAAUCAGACGUCUUAUGAAAAUUGCAUAGACACAAACUUCAUAAAGAACGUGACACGAGGCGGUCGCGAUGUAGUUCAGUUGAUAGAAGCAAAGACAUAUUAUUUUAUCAGCAGUGGAGGUUAUUGUUUUCAUGGAAUGAAAGUUGCCGUGAACGUUCAAGAAGACCAAACAAUAGCACCAUCUCCUUCUCUUUCGAAUAUAAAAUCGGGUGGCGAUUUCAUUUUGCCAUCAAUGUACACAAGCUUUGGAAUUAUUGUUGUUUACGUGAGUUUGUUUUCAAUGGGGAUUUUUUGAGAUUGGAAGGGUAGGGGUGUUUGUGUAAGAACUUUAAUAAUUGAGUUGGAUUAUAAUUGAAUUAGGGUUUAUUUG